UCGUGGCAUGGAGAAAAUGAAGUGGGGGUGUGAGGGUGCGGAGCCCUUAUGAGGAACACUUCUGCUUGCCUCAUAUUUUGCAGAUUGACUUAUUAUUCAGUUUAAAACCUGGUAUUUUCAAUUAUCCAGUGUCAAAAUAUGUAAGCCAUUUAAGGCAAGGACUGUCUCUUUGUAUGGCACCUGACAUGAUGGGACACCUGUUCCUGAUGCAACUCCAUGAAGAAGUUUGGAUCUUGAAUGUUACUGAUGCUAGUUACCAAACUUCUGAAGCUGAGCACUUAUUUUUUUUCCACACGUUUAUUAUUUUAAACAGGCCAGAAGGAAAGGAUUAUGCUCUGCACUGGCUGGUUUUGGGAACGCACACGUCUGAUGAACAGAACCACCUGGUUGUUGCAAGAGUCCAGAUUCCUAAUGAUGAUCAGUUUGAUGCUUCCCAGUAUGACAGUGAGAAAGGAGAGUUUGGUGGCUUUGGAUCUGUGACUGGCAAAAUCGAAACGGAGAUUAAAAUUAACCAUGAAGGUGAAGUAAACCGUGCUCGUUACAUGCCACAGAAUCCCUGCAUCAUUGCUACAAAAACACCGUCUGCUGAUGUGUUGGUAUUUGACUACACUAAACAUCCUUCAAAACCAGACCCAAGCGGAGAGUGUAAUCCUGACCUUAGAUUAAGAGGGCACCAGAAGGAAGGCUAUGGCUUAUCAUGGAACUCAAAUUUGAGUGGACAUCUUCUCAGUGCAUCAGACGAUCAUACUGUGUGUUUAUGGGAUGUAAAUGCUGGACCAAAAGAAGGCAAAAUUGUUGAUGCAAAAGCAAUCUUUACUGGACACUCUGCAGUAGUAGAAGAUGUGGCAUGGCAUCUGCUCCAUGAAUCUCUGUUUGGAUCUGUGGCUGAUGAUCAGAAGCUUAUGAUGUAA